CACAUUACUACAUCUCACUGCCCGUCAUGAGGCGUCUCUACCCCUCUUUGUAUUGUGCUCUACGAAGAAUUGAAAUUAAAGAUGGUUUCCAAACGCCCUAACUUCCUUGUCGUCGUCGCCGAUGACUUAGGCUUUUCUGAUAUAGGCUGCUUUGGCGGCGAGAUCCGCACGCCGAAUCUCGAUCGCAUUGCGAAACAGGGUGUUCGGUUUACUGACUUCCAUGCUGCGGCUGCAUGUUCUCCCACCCGCGCCAUGAUUAUGACCGGCACAGACCACCACAUCGCCGGUUUAGGCAACCUGAUCGAAUGGACCAACAUCUCCGGACAGAACGGACCCAAAGGCUCCGCGAUGAGCACUGCCCCGCAGCGCGGUAUGCCAGGGUACGAGGGAUACCUGAACGAGCGCGUCGUGGCCCUCCCCGAAGUCCUCCGCGAUGCAGGCUAUCACACCCUCAUGUCAGGAAAAUGGCAUCUAGGCCUAACACCAGAGCGCUCACCUUUUCACCGCGGCUUCGAUCGCUCACUAGCCCAUCUUCCCGCUUGCUCGAACCACUAUGCUUACGAGCCCCAGCUACAAGGCACGGACGAGACCCCCACAUUCCUGGAAGCAAGCUACAUCGCCCUCCACAUGGAAGACGACCAGUAUGUUAAGAAACUGCCUGAGGGAUGGUACUCCUCCGACGGAUACGGCGACAAGAUGCUUCAGUAUAUCCACGAAUGGCACAAUCGCUCCGAUGACCGUCCCUUUUUCGCCUAUCUGCCUUUCACCGCGCCACAUUGGCCUCUGCAAGCUCCGCGUGAGUACAUCGAGCACUAUCGCGGUGUCUAUGACGAAGGUCCCGAUACACUACGGCAGAAGCGACUUCAACGCCUCAAGGAACUAGGCAUGAUCCGCGAAGACGUAGUCGCGCACCCCGUCGUCGCAGACGAAGUCAAACCCUGGUCCGCGUUCACACCAGAGGAGAAAAAGCUCUCCUGCACAGCCAUGGAAGUCUACGCAGGAAUGGUGGAGUGCAUCGACGCCAAUGUGGGCAAGUUAAUCGACUACCUGUCUUCCAUCGACGAGCUAGACAAUACGUUCGUCUGUUUCAUGUCCGACAACGGAGCCGAGGGCGCUGCCUACGAAGCCUACCCUAUGGUCCAAAGUGGCGCCAUGCCCCAUCUCCAGAAAUAUUAUAAUAACUCGCUUGAGAAUCUUGGCAAUGCUGACUCUUUUAUCUGGUAUGGACCUCGAUGGGCACAGGCUGCUACUGCGCCGAGUCGACUGUAUAAGGCGUAUACGACGGAGGGAGGCGUGCGUGUGCCCUUUUUAGCUCGGUUCCCGUCGUCUGUUGCUACCGCCGAGCAUGUGCGUAAUGGUGGUAUUACUGAUCAGUUUGCGACUGUUAUGGAUCUCGCACCGUCAAUCUUGCAGAUGGCUGGUGCGACACACCCUGCGCCAUCGUAUAGGGGUCGCGAGAUUGUUUCUAUGCGUGGUCAGAGCUUUUAUCCAUGGGCUAGUGGCGCCGAGCCCCGGAUCCAUGAACAGGAGUUCAUUCAGGGGUGGGAGACGUGUGGAAGGGCGGCGCUGCGCUUUGGUGAUUGGAAGAUCGUAUAUAUUCCCAAGCCGAAGGGCCCCGAACGGUGGCAGUUGUAUAACCUUGUCGAGGAUCCUGGGGAGAUCAAUGAUUUGACAGAAAAACACCCUGAUCGGUUGAAGCAGUUGCUGAAGCUGUGGGAUCAAUACGUGGUUGAGACGGGAGUGGUUCCGCUGAAUCCGGAUUUGGGGGAUUUCUUGGAGGCAACGGAGGCGCAGAUGCCGGAGAAUGCAUGGAUGGAGUAUGAUUAUUGGAAGAAGGGGGCAAGGGACGAGCCGGAGAAAUUUAUGAGAAACCCGCCUAGGUUCCAAAGGGUUGUGAAACAGUUUUAACUGUUGAGAUUUUGUUUCUGUAUAUCU